CACUGUGUAACACUGUGAGACUUUAUCAAAGCAAAAUUCACCCAUAAUGGAAUUACACACUACCACAGUGCACAAGUUUUAUUCUUUUAUCAAGUGUUCUUCCUUGUAAUUAGUAUGAAAUCUGGCACGGGCGAAAUAUUACCGAAUACAGUCUCUGGACAGACGCCUGGAAGAGUAUGUCUUGUACAGAUCAAAACAAUAAUCCAAUGAAGUAUGUCUUUUUUACAAGCUCCAUGGUUGUGAUCACGAUGACUGCGACUUUGUUGGUAGCGAACAUGUAAGACUGCAAAAUUACACUUUCUGCUUACAAUUGGGUUUUAGAAAUAUACUUCAAAAUUUGUUUUCAACAUGGUAUAUGUCACUUGCUUUCGUAUUAAUUGGUGCAGUCUUCGCAGCAGUUUUGCUUCUUGUUCAGAACGUUGAAUCACAAUUCCCGGUGAACUACACCUUCCUUUUACUCACUGUAUUAACUUCGUCUUGUGGAAUCGCUGGCUUCACAGGAUCUCUUCAUUUAUGGGCAGCGUUGUCAUGGAGUUUGGCAAUAUCUCUAGCUGUGAUAGCCGUGGUAGUUGGAUACCAACUGAGUCAAUUGAGUCAUACAGGGGACGAUAUUAUGAUAAUUUUUUCAUUCGUAUUAAUGCUGUUGGGUGGUAUUCUGUUAGCCGCUGUAUACUUUUCCGGCUAUAAAGUAGCAGCGUAUAUAGUCUUCAGUGUAUUUUUUGGACUUGGUUUAACCAUGGCAUUAUUUCUAACGGCACAAGGUUUAAAACUUUGUUCUCAGAAGUCAAGAAUCACUGCUUUACCAGUUAAAUUGGCUCUGAUUACCUGGGCUUUGAUAAUUUUGUUAUAUCUGACCAUAUCAAUCAACUUUGCUAUGGAACGAUGAAAGCAUCCACAAGAAGCUUCUUUCCGAAGAUCUGGAAUUCCGUGUUAACUAUUAUUCGAUACUUAUUUAUACAUAAGACCAUAUAUUGGUUAGAGUUUGUUUUGUAAAAUUGUUUAUGAAAUUAACUAACAUUUUCAUUGAAAUAAUUGAGCAAAACCUUGGCUUAAUAAAUUCAAUAGGAAGAGAGAUGUUGAUUAACUGGUAUAUUCCAUUUCUGUACACAUAGCUUGAUCCAAAUAAAGUCCAAUAUCACUGGUAAGAACUGGUGUUUUUUUUCUUUUCUUUAUUUCUGUCACAGUGUGUGUCUGAUGACUUCUCUGUGAGUCGAGAUAUAUUUUAUGUGCAAUGAUGACUUCUGCUCAUAUGAAUAACAAAGAAUCACAGUAUAAUUCAAUGCCUCUUGAACUAUUGCACAAACCCAUAUUAUUUGUGAUAAAGUAUGUGUGCACUUCGUCAGCAGGAUGCCCUUAAUAGAAAAUUCCUAACAAAAAGCAUUGGUGGAGUCAUUUCCAUUAUAUAUCUUUAACACUUUAUUGUUAUCUCAAGUUGAAUAUACUUCUUCGACUUUCGAGUAUUUGAAUGUAUUGAUCUAUCAAAUAAAGUGUAUAAUUUGCUAGCAAAAUAUUAUCGUUUAUCACAUUGGUGAUCAUUAUAAUAUGCAAUCACCCACCUUAAUAUGUUUCAUCAAAU